GCCUUCCCUCCCGCUGCUGGCAGCUAACGUGCUCACCCUACUCCCCCAUCUGUGUUUCAGGUUUACCCACAUCAGCCAACAAUGACCUUCAACAGGGACUUCUACUAUGAUGGGUACUACUCGCCAUUCGGCUACGAAGACCAGUACAGCUUUGGGGGCCUGAAUGGCUACCGAUUUGGAAGCCCAUAUGGCUUCUACCGGGACCAGUACCGAUAUGGGAGCCCAUAUGGCUACAGAAGCUUUGGGAACCUGUACGGCAGCAGAGGCUUGAAUGUUUACGGGGGCUACUAUGGGAAUGGGGACUUCCUCAAUUUUGGGUAUGGCUACCCCUUCUUUUCUCAAUUUGGCAACAGAUACAGCUAUUGAAGCUGCUAUCUAUGCGGAACCAGCAGAAAGAUAAACCAAGAAAUUAAAUGCAGGAGACAGAUUCAUGACUAAGGUCACAGCGCUGAGAAAUGCUGGGCCCCCACACCUCUGGCUGGGUUCAGUGAGGCAUGUGGGUGCCAGGCUUCGUUAGGACUACCCCAUAUGUAACCCUCUCAUAUCUUUAAGAAUUUCUUCAGCUAUUACUCUAAAGGGCAACUUGAAUUACAGCAAGUAUUGAGGCACCUUUACAUCAUGCUGAUGGAAAAAUUGACUUUUAAAUUAAUUGUCAGGUAUUUUGUAGUGCCAUAGUAAUAGGAACAGUCCUGUGUCAAUGGGAAGCAGAUUUCUUCAACUGCCAGAAACUCCUCUUUGCUUCACAAUAAACUUCUCCAAAAUACAAUAUGUAGAGAAGCUCCUGUUAUAUAUCCAUGCUGUGCUCUAUACAGCAGUGAACAGGACUUAUGAGCAACUGUAAGCAAGAACCUUGUCCAGACUGCCAAACUCCACCAUUUCCACGAGGAGAGAGCACCAUCUGGCAUCAGACACACAAUGCUUGCUGAAGACCCUUUUGUAAAACUGCAAACUUUUUCUUUCUGUAACUACUUGCUCUGUUUCUCCAUUAA